AUGCUAUUCAACUGGGCUACCUGGCUGGGCGCCCUUUGCCUCCUCUGCGUUCAAGUUCUCGCGGGCGGUGUCCCUGGAGGCCUUGAACGCGCCCAUCUCUGGGAGGCGUACGAGUUGGCCUGGUUGUGGAAGGGCAAGGACCAGUCCUACCUCUUCCCCGACGUCAAGACGCACAAGAAGCUCGGCGCGACGCCCAACCCCCCCGGCACCGAGGCGGACGGCAAGUUCACCUUCCAGGAGUUCAUCCAGAACAUGGACAAGAAGGUGUGCAGCAUCGAAGGCCCCAGCGACUCGCGCGACAUGAUGACCGUGGCCAAGGAGCUGGACGGCGCCGGCUUCAACAAGGACGUGCAGGGCAUGCGCUUCAACCGCGGCCUCGAGUCGCUCAAGAAGAAGACGGGCAAGAGCUACUACUUCCUCCUGCACGAAAUGGUCGCCAAGAUGGUCGAGGACAUGGCCGCUGACAAGGACUUUACCAAGAAGCGCGCCGGCGACGCGGCCCUGGACGAGAAGGUCAAGGCCAAGCUGGACCGGAUGAAGGGCGCGACCAAGAUGAUCGAGUCGAUCCGCACCGACGACUUUGGCGACUGGCUGAAGAAGGACCUGACGCGGUCGCGCACGGCGACGAGCCCGAACCCGGUCAAGGGCCGGCCGGACCUGCCGAAUCCGGGCUUCGGGCUGGACGAGGCGGACGUCAAGACGGACACCAUCACCAACGAGUUUGACGGGGAAAAGUACGAGCGCGUCAACGUGGACGAGACGGUCAAGGGGCUCAAGAAGGACCUGCGCAAGGAUUUUCGCUCGUACGUGGCCAACUACGGCCGCGACAAGUUUCCCAAGGACGGGCCCAAGGCGCCGAGCGUCGACUACACGGACGCGGCCAAGACGCACUUUCAGACUUUGGAGCUGUGGAAGGCUGUCAAGGUGAGGUUCACCGCGUGCUAA